GUGGUUGCACGCGUCCUGGAAUUUGACAGCGCUUAUCAAUGAAACGAGAGAGCGAGCGGAUCAUGGCGGAUGGCCCCAGGUGUAAGCGCAGAAAACAGGCAAACCCGAGGAGGAAAAACGUCACCAACUAUAAUAAUGUAGUUGAAGCAAGUUCAGAUACAGAUGAUGAAGAUAAACUGCAUAUUGUGGAAGAUGAGAGUGUGACUGAUCCUGGAGAUGGUGAUACAAAUGCACUGGAGGAUGACUUGCCAACAAAGCGUUCAGUAUUAUCAAGAAAAGAGGAGACAGAUGAAGAAAAUGAGAGCACCAAUUGGAUUGAUGAUGAUGAUGGAAGGAAAGAAAAUGCAGACAACCUGGGGCCUGAAGCUCAGACACGCAGUGAUGGUUACACAGGCUGUGAUUCCGAAGGAGAGAACUGCUUUCAUGAUUCAACUGCAGGAGAUGAGCAGAACAAUGAGCAUGAUCCAAAUGUUCAAGAAUACCUUCAGCAAGGAGAUACUGCUGUCAUUUUCCCUGAAGCACCAGAAGAGCAGCAUAGACGAGGCACACCAGAAGCUUGUGGACAAGAAGAAAAUGGAACACCAGAUGCUUUUGCUCAGCUACUUACCUGCCCAUAUUGCGAUAGAGGCUACAAGCGCUUGACUUCUCUCAAAGAGCACAUUAAAUAUCGGCAUGAAAAAAAUGAAGACAACUUCAGCUGCUCCAUUUGCAGCUACACUUUUGCUUACAGGACACAACUGGAUCGUCACAUGGCUUCACAUAAGUCAGGGCGAGAUCAGCGCCAUGUUGUAACACAGACAGGUGGGAACCGGAAAUUCAAGUGCACUGAAUGUGGAAAGGCAUUUAAAUACAAGCAUCAUCUAAAGGAGCACUUACGCAUCCACAGUGGAGAAAAGCCAUAUGAAUGCCCUAACUGCAAGAAACGGUUUUCCCACUCUGGCUCUUACAGUUCACACAUCAGUAGUAAGAAGUGCAUUGGUCUUAUAUCACUUAAUGGUAGAGCACGUUCAGGAAUCAAGACACCUCUAGGCACUUCUCCAUCCCUUUCACCAUCAACUAAUAGCCCUGCUAGAACACAACUCCGUCAUAAGCUAGAAAACAAUAAGCCUUUACAAGAACAGCCUACCGUAAACCAAAUCAAAACUGAGCCUGUGGAUUAUGAGUACAAAACUAUGGUUGUGACCUCUGGUAUCAACUGUGCAAGCUCUUUCCAAAAUGGAGGGUUAAGUGGCAAUAAUCCUCUCCAGGUCACAACUUCACCUCAGAGUGUGGUUCAGGCUGUUGUAUUGCCAACUGUAGGCCUUGUCUCUCCUAUUAGCAUAAAUUUAAGUGACAUUCAGAAUGUUCUUAAAGUUGCAGUAUUGGAAAAUAAUCAUGUCACUCUCCCUUCCAAAGACCCAGGAACAGUCUCUUCUGCAUCAGUUCAACAAAACAGUCAUUCCCUUAUUUCAUCAAUCAGUCUUCCCUUGAUUGAUCAAGAUGGAACAACCAAAAUCAUCAUCAACUACAGCUUAGAGCCAAGUCAACUCCAAGCUGUGCCUCAAAAUUUGAAAAAGGAGAUUCCUAACCUAGCAGACAAUUGUACAAAUGAAAAGCCGCCAGAAGACCUCACAGUCAAAACUGAGAAAAUGGAGACCAGUGUUGAAGGAGUUGGUAAUACAUGUCUGCUUUGUAAUGAAUGCCCUGGUGGACUAAAUGCACUUCAUGAACUAAAGCACUAUCAACUUAAAACUGAAUCUCAUUCAGGAGAAAAUAAUAAGAUCUCUGGAGCUUCUGUAUCAACAGAAGAGAACACCUCUUCAGAUCAAGAGCCAUUGAAGAAUCUGUUGUCACUUCUUAAGGCAUAUUAUGCAUUGAAUGCAGAACCAACAUCAGAAGAAUUAGCAAAAAUUUCGGUUGCUGUAAACCUACCAUUAGAAAAAGUAAAAAAGUGGUUUGAGAAAAUGCAAACAGGUCAGAUUCCAGUCCAGCCAUCUUGUCCUUCCUCUCCCACACCAAGCAACAAGGAGGUCAAACCAAAUCUUCUUGUCAGUCAUACAGAUUCUUCACCUGCUUGUGAUUUACAAGGCAACAGUGCAAAUUCAGAAGCUCUCGAUAAGAUCACUGAAUCUCAAACUACAAGUACACCACUUAAUGUGAUGGCAGAUCCUUCAAGGAGUAAUACUCCCUCCCCAUCACCUCUAAAUCUCUCUUCUGCAUCUUCAAGAAAUUCACAAAGCUAUCUUAACACACCCGAUAGCAACCAAGAGGAUUUACAGUUGGAACCUCUUGAUCUGUCACUUCCAAGGCAGCAAAAAGAGGGACUUGAAAGACCCACAAUUACCAGUGUUUACCACAGCAGUGUUCAUUAUGUUCAAGAGGAGCCCUUAAACCUAUCUUGUUUAAAAAAAGAACAAAUAGAAAAUGAUGAUAAUCCUGAAGUAAACUCAAGUGCCAAACCUAUAAAUAUUGCAAUCCCUACAAAUACAACUCAAUUACCCACAAUUGUUGCCAUUUCAAGCCAAAACAAUGUUCCAUGUCUCAGAGCCUUAGCUACAAUAAAGCAGGCCAGCUUCAUUCCACAGGUGGCCUACACAUAUAAAACAACAAAUUCAAAUGGAUCUGAAUCACAACAGAAACCAAUUCAAACCAAUGGAAAUCAUGCAGAAAAACAAGAUUUGAGUUCCGGAGAUGUGCCCAAUACUGAUGAUCAGAAUGAUUCAGACUCUAUGCCUCCUCGUAAGAAAAUUAAAAAGACAGAGAAUGGAAUGUAUGCCUGUGAUUUGUGUGAUAAAAUAUUUCAGAAAAGCAGUUCACUUCUUAGACACAAGUAUGAGCACACAGGUAAGAGAAAUAACCAUGUAUUUUUAUACAUUGUCUUGUCUGUUUUCAGUUUGAAACACAAUUGA